AGUUUACUAUUUUGUUGCAUUUGAUAAGUUGUUCAUCUUGAAUUGAAUGAGCCAUAAAAUGGUUCUUAAAAUAUUUCUUGUGAUUAUUUCUUUAGUUUCGUGUGUGGUCAGUGAUUCCUGUGUGACGUACGAUUUUGAAGGAGAUUUCAAUGAUUCAUUUAGUAACUUUGGUAUCUGUGACUCCAUGCCCUUGUGGUAUGUCGGCGAUUACAGCAGUUUGGGCAUUAGCGGUCCAAAUAGCCUUAGUACCAAAUUCAUCGCACCUCAUACAAGUAUGAGUUGUGCCUCAUCAUUCAUUUUUACUAUGAAUGCGGGUGGUACGAUUGAAGUGAACAUUUAUAUGGAACCAACAAAUGAUUAUGAUCAUUUACAAGUUAUGGUCAAGCAACACCAAUCUAAUGGAGCAGCAAUCAUCACAGGAAUGGCAUAUCUAAAGAUGGUCAAUGGAUGGACUACUGCACGAAUACCUAUAGCCGGCCCAGAUACAUAUCAAGGCUACAUAACCUUAAUUGGCAUGGCGUUUCCUAAUUCCAAAGUUUUAGUUGAUUCGUUCCGGUAUAUACCUCCUGGUACGUCUGAAACUGUAUGCUGGCUUUACGAGCCGCCACCAACCACUCCGGCGCCAAACCCUGACUGUAUCAGACCACCUGGUGAAGAAGAUUCAUCGUUUUGGACAAAACUCAUCAUUGCAUUGCUAAUUUUUUUGAAUUUAGUAGUGUUGGUUUUAACAUGUGUUGUGUUUUACGAACUUGGAAGGAGAAAGGCCAGUAUACCUUUAAUGAGACGUUUUGUCUCAACGCCAUCGCCACCACCACAACCUUCAACAUAGUGAUGAUAUACAUAGCCUGGAUAGCUAGCCAGUGUUUCAUUCUGUUUUUCUUUAUUUAUUAAAUUUUAAACUUUAUGGUUUUGAUAUAAAGUCGAAAAUUUCGAAAGAUGUUUUAGUAGUUUGGCAAAGUAACUUUUUUUCUUUGUGCUUAACUUUGUUUGUAUCUAACGUAGUUGCCUGGCUGUCCCUGUAAAUUGUUCCUUGAGCGCUUUGCCAAGAGGUUUGUUUUUGUUAAUAUAUAUUAUGAAAAAUUA